CCAUGUCUGACUGCAGGAGGGAGUGGAACCGGGAGGACGAGCUCCCGGUGUACCUGGCUGGACCCAUCACCACCGGACCGAACCAGCGGAAAUCCUGCGGCAUGUUCAGCUCCGUGGAGGGGGCGUUUGAGAGCAAAACCAUACACUUGGACAACUACGCGGUGGAGAGGAAGGGGAGCCGCACCCCGAGGAGCUGCAGCCGCGAGAGGAUACUGGACUCCCGGGACCCCAAAGGGAAAACCCCCGGCGAGGUCCGGGAGGGACCGCGGAGCUGCGGGGGCCCGGAGACAGACGAUGCUCGAACCGGCGUGGAGGCUGGAUCCACGGACAAGGAGAGUCCACAUGAGAAGAGUGAAAGGUUGCUGAUCAGAGGAGGCCGAGUCGUCAAUGAUGACCAGUCUUUCUACGCAGACGUCUACAUUGAGGAUGGGCUCAUCAAGCAGGUGGGGGAGAAGCUGGUUGUUCCAGGCGGUGUCAAGGUGGUUGAAGCCAAUGGGCGCAUGAUAAUCCCAGGGGGGGUGGAUGUCAACACGUGCCUGAUGAAGCCGUACCUCGGCACGCAGCCUGUAGAUGAUUUCCUCCAGGGCACCAAGGCAGCUCUCGCUGGGGGCACCACCAUGAUCAUUGAUCAUGUGACCCCCCAGCCGGGGGACAGUCUGCUGGAGGAGUUUGAACGCUGGCAGGAGGCUGCAGAUAAAAAGGCUUGCUGUGAUUACUCCCUGCACGUGGACAUCCCCCUGUGGGAUGAGGCGGUUAAGGACGAGCUGGAGGUGCUGGUGCAGGACAAAGGUGUCAACUCCUUCCAGGUGUAUAUGGCUUACAAAGAUGUGUACCAGCUGACCGACUCUCAGCUGUAUGAGGCCUUCUCCUUCCUGAAGCAGCUGGGCGCUGUGGUCUUAGUUCAUGCUGAAAAUGGAGACCUGAUCGCACAGGAGCAGAAGAAGAUCCUUGGAAUGGGGAUUAGCGGUCCUGAAGGCCACCCUCUGAGUCGCCCUGAAGAGUUGGAAGCUGAGGCAGUGUUCCGUGCCAUCACUCUGAGUAACCGCGUGAACUGUCCCGUCUACAUCACAAAGGUGAUGAGCAGGAGCGCAGCCGACACCAUCACUCAGGCUCGGAGGAGAGGUGCUGUGGUUUUUGGGGAGCCAAUCACAGCUAGCUUGGCAACUGACGGUUCUCAUUACUGGAGCAAGAACUGGGCCAAGGCGGCUGCCUAUGUGACCUCUCCACCCCUGAGUCCUGACCCCACCACCCCAGAUCACCUCCACACACUGCUGGCCUGUGGGGACCUGCAGGUGGUGGGCAGCUCUCACUGCACCUACAGCACCGCCCAGAAAGCAAUCGGGAAGGAGGACUUCACCUUGAUCCCCGAGGGAACCAACGGGGUGGAGGAGAGGAUGGGUUUCGUCUGGGACAAGGCCGUGGCCAUGGGGAAGAUGGACGAGAACCAGUUUGUUGCGGUCACGUCAACCAACGCAGCAAAAAUCUUUAACCUGUACCCACGCAAGGGUCGCAUCGCCGCAGGCUCCGACGCUGACAUAGUCAUCUGGGACCCCGACAGCGUCAAAACCAUCACUGCCAAACUCCAGCAGUCGGCUGCAGAGUACAACAUCUUUGAGGGCCUGGAGUGCCGCGGUAGUCCAGCGCUGGUGUUGAGCCACGGUCGGGUCGUUUUCGAAGGGGGCAAGCUGCAGGUCCAGCAGGGAACGGGUCGAUUUAUUCCACGCAAGCCCUUCCCUGACUACGCUUACCAACGUGUCAAAGUCAGGGAUCAGGUGAAGCAGAAGCAGGGUGUCACUCGAGGAGCGUAUGACGGCCCGGUGCACGAGGUUCCUCCAACCCCCAAAUACAUCACUCCUGCUCCAUCAGCCAGAACGUCCCCCACGUCCCACCAACCACCACCCAUACGCAAUCUCCACCAGUCCAACUUCAGCCUGUCAGGUGCUCAGAUUGACGAUAACGUCCCUCGUAGGUCAGGCCACCGCAUCGUAGCUCCGCCUGGCGGUCGCUCCAACAUCACCAGCCUCGGCUAAACCGCACACAAACUUUCUGCUGCUUUGGUCGAUUCUGAGCGAGUCGACGUGCACGAGCGGCAUGAACGAACACCUGUUUGUUUUAUGUUAACGUUGAUGCACUCCUUUUAAUCAGCUAGGCUUUCAAAUUAGAGUACGGUGAGGUAUUAGGGACACACCGGAAACAUAAAUAAAUCCAGGAAGAUGAUGUUUCUGUUUGUUUCCCAGUUUUGAGCUUCAGUGAAGAGAUUAAUGUUGAAACAUUAUUUCCACAACGUUGAGAACGGAAAUCAUUUUUCAAGACUAAACUGGAAGAAAGGAACCUUGUUGAGCUCCUGAACUUCAUGAAAUUGGUUUAAUUUAUUGUUCUUAUUGUAACCAAGGGUUCCGAGUGCACUUUCACUGG